AUGCAGACAGCCAACCAAGCAACGGUGCCAUCAGUGCGCUCCUUUGGCCGGUUGAUGCCGCUGCGACUACGCGUAUGCGGACGCGAAGCAGCGUGCACCGGCGGAGGUGGCGCAACCGGCGGUGAAGGGGCUGGUGGUGGAGACGACGUAACGCCAGGCGCGGCCGACCCAGGCGCAGUGGGCGGCGGCGAAGCAUGCAGCCCAGGCGUCAAGGACCUGGGCGACGCGGGGGGCAUCGAAGACCUGGGCGAAGUAGGGGGCGAUGGUGGCCUAGGCCCAGGCGAGGUGGGCGGCGUGGAGAUCGAGCUCGACCCAGGUGGUGGGGAGGCCGGACUCGACCCAGGCAGUGGGGAGGCCGGACGACGGAGCCGCGUCACGGGCCGCGUGGGCCGUGCGCUCGGAGCAAGCGCCAGGGACGGCCCAAGCGGGGUCGCGCCAGGGGACGUCGUCUCCAUGGCAGGCGCUGAUCCCGGGGCAUGCACAUGCAUGACCGGAUCGACGUGA